CCCAAACUUCCACUAAUCACCAAGAAUCAAGUGGGUACAACAAGUUCUCCUCUCUAGUAAACACUAGAGGCAUACACAAUCAUCAAGGAGCAACCUUGGAACAAACAACAAUCAACAAUUCACCAUAAAAUGGAGUAAAAACUCCCAAAAACGCAGGUCUGAAAACGCAGCAAGAAAACCACCUUCCGGGCAUCAAAACGAGAAACUGACCGUUGGAUUUGAAGAGGAGUAUGUGAGGAACAAUAUACUAAAAUUUGAGUACGAUCGGACUUCGUUUGGCCUUCGAUCCGGACGAGAAAAGUGGCUGCUGCACAGUGGCAGAAACCUGAUUUUUCUUCCUCUUCUCCUGCGUUAGCUACUGCCCCUUUUUCCUCUCCACUUCUUUUUGCUUUUGUGCUACCUUAUCUCUUUCACUCUUUUUUUUUCAUUUAUUUAGUAUAUGGGCCACCAUAAAACAUUUGGGCUCAAGCUUUACACACAAAAAAUAAGCCAAAAUAUAAAAGAUAGAUGUAAACAGAAAGAGGGGAGGGUGCCGUUUGCAAUAGGGCGGGGGGAGGAAGGGUGCGACGUAUACACGGGGCGGUGGGUCCGGGACGAGGAAUCUCGACCGCUGUACGAGGAAUCCGACUGCCCCUAUCUUCUUCCUCAGCAAACAUGCGCCGCCCAUGGCCGCCCCGACAAAGAUUACCUCUACUGGAAAUGGAAACCCCAUGGCUGCUCCCUCCCGAGGAGACUCAUUAAGCAGAGGCCAUUACUCUUCCAUGCUUUGCCUUCUUCAGAAAACCAUUCCCCACAAUGCCAAACCCCUUGAACAAGUUGGGCAAAGAACUGUUUUUACAGCCAAGGAAUACAAUGCGACGAUAGAAUUCUAUUGGAUGCCAUUGCUUUUGGAGUCGAACGCAGAUAAUCCGGGGAAGCAUAGAGUGGAUGAUAGAAUUGUAAGGAUGGGUUCAAUUCAUAAGCAUGCACAACAUUGGAAGGGUGUCCAUAUUUUGGUUCUCCACUCUUAUCUUUGGUGGUUCAAAGAUGAAUACUUCAAAAUUUUAAAAGGAGGAUCGUUUGAGGAUGAAGUGAAAGACGUAGAGGAAGUGCUCUCGAAAGACGCGUAUCGUAUGGGUUUGCAGAGCAUGUUGGAAUGGUUGAAGAAGAACAUCGAUCCGACCGAAACACGAGUGUUUUUCACCGGCAUGUCGCCGACUCAUGGAAGGAGUGUUGAAUGGGGCGGGGAGCGGAAUGGCAGCUGCUACAACGAAACGAGCAUGGUACACGACCUAAAUUACGAAGGGCCAAAGUCGUGGAAAGAGACUGUACGAAUAAUAGACGAAGUUCUUGUUAGCGAGUCGCGAAUAAUAACAAUUCUCAACAUCACAAAGCUAACAACUUAUAGGAAAGAUGGGCACACAUCUAUAUACAAGAAACAAUGGGGGUCCUUGAGUCAAGAGCAACUUGCCAAUCCUGUGAGCUAUGCUGAUUGUAUCCAUUGGUGUUUGCCUGGUGUUCAAGACACUUGGAGAACCUCAGGCAUACAAAUCAAAUAUGACAAUCAAGGGUUUCUUUCCUCUGCUUCUUCCUCGUCAUCUUCUUCUUCCAAGCCUCUUCAGCAGAAACCGCCUGCAACAAUGGGGAAAAAAUCAAAGUCGUCCAGGAAGGGGAAGAAGGCGUGGAGAGCCAAUAUAAGCACUGAAGAUAUCGAGGACUUUUUCGACAAUUCCAUCAAAGAUGCCCUCUCCGGCGGCUCUCUCGCCGAUGUUCCUAGCGACUCCCUUGCCUACGUUGACAAGUCCGGCGAUAUUCCAGCCAGGAAGAAAAUUGAAAAAAAGAGGGACAAAAUGCUUCAUUAUGAGAGUUUGCUGCAGAAAAAUGUAUUUGUUAAACCAGUACCAUCUUCAUGUACUAAAAAGUCUAAGAUGAAAAGUAAAGGGGCUAAAAAGGCAGAUGAUUCUGCUCAAGUGUGUGAAAAGGAUGCUGCUGUUGCUACUUGUUCUGGCAUUGUUGGCAUAUGGAAUGAAACAGGUGAGCAGAAUGUCAAAAGAAAAAAGAUGUCCAAGACUUCUAUUAUACCUGCAGUAGAAGUUGAUCCACCAGGGUGCUCAUUCAAUCCACCCCCUGAAAGCCACCAGGAUGCAUUAGCAGCGGCAGUUGCUGAUGAAAUGCAGAAAGUUUAUCAGGAUGAGUUGGGGCCCGAGCCUGUUCCUUUAACUGUUCCUGGAGAUACAGUUGAUGAAGAAAAUUUGUAUUUCCUUGAUGUGGAUGAUGAAAGUGAUGCUGAUGGUGAAAAUAUGGCAGAAGAUGGAAACCUGGAACCAGAGAAUAGGAUGAAAAAAACCAAAGUGGUGACAAGAGUUGAAAAGAACAAGAGGGCAAGGCGCAAAGAACAGUUAAAAGCUGAAGCGGAAGCCCAAAAGGUGAAGAACCUUUCUAAAGAAAUCGACAGCGUGAAAAAUAUAAUUCAAGAAAUAGCCAAAGAGGAUGAAGAGAAGCAGAAAAGACAUCUCCGCCGUGUUGUUUCAAAACUAGAAAGGCUAAAAUCUUGUCCACCGCGUCUUGGGAAGCGCAAAUUUCACCCUGCUCCUGUUCAAGUUCUAUUAUCAGAAGAGAUCACAGGUUCCCUCCGGCAAUUAAAGGGAUGUUGUACCCUCGCAAAGGACCGAUUCAAGAGCCUUGAGAAAAGAGGACUUGUUGUCCCAUCAAAAAAAUCUGGCAGGAGGUGAUUAUGAAUUCAUGGACCAGUAGCUAUGCCAUUGGCGUAUGGUAUGCAGACUUCGGCAGUGACUACCCCGUCCCGGUUUUUUUUUUUAAUUUUUUGUUCUUCAAGUUUUUACUUUUUUACCACACUGGAAAAAUGGGUUGUUGUAGUUCAAAAUUAGAGCAGGAAACAAAUAUUUAGGUUUUAGACAUGACUUUGGGAGAUUUUUUUUAUUUGAGGUUAUUUUACUAUUGUAUGAUAUCAACAAAAAUACACAAGGUGAGUGUUGUUAGACCUUAUCCCUAUCAUUUGAGGAAUUUACUCUAUUUUAAAUGAUUUUCUUUGGUUUUUAAACCAAAAAUUUUCUGAUUAAUGAGGUUUCUAGCGGUGUUUUUGGUUAUACAUAAAAAUUAGAUACCAUG